AUGACAAACUUCAUCUCCAAGAUGAAAGAGCAAAAAGAAAAUGAAUAUAGGGAAUAUAUCAAAGAACAUGUUAAUAAUGUCAUAACAGUUUUCAACAAACUAAAAGAGCUUAACUUAAUUCCAAACGAAAUUAUUGAUCAGCUUGAAAUCAAUGUACAUAAACAUGACGAAUCCAAAUAUUCUCCCGAAGAAUUUGACGCUUAUAGAAGAAGAUUCUUUCCAGUGAACGAGGCAGAAAAAAAAGCAUCCUUCUACGACUUUAAUUUAGCGUGGGAACAUCAUAAAAAAUGCAAUCCUCAUCAUUCUGAAUCACCAAUGUGGUAUGAUGAGCGCACCAAAACAGCAAAACCAAUGGAUCCUUUAUACGCUUUCGAAUUAAUAUGUGAUUGGCAAGCUAUGUCUAUCAAAUUUAACAAUAGAUGCAUUGACUUUUACCAUAAAUAUCCAAAAUAUAAACUUCAUCAAGAUACAAGAAAUCUUAUUGAACCAAUUAUAAUGAAACUUGAUUCUGUUUUUUAA